AUGAAGGCGACGGCUUUUUUCUCCGCCAUUGGUUUGGCAAUCCUUGGUUAUGGGUUCAGUGGUGCGCACGGGAAACCCAUUGUCGAGACUCGAGCCGUACAGAAGAAGUCCUUCAUAUCCCAGCUGAUGCCCAACGUCGGCUUGCGGUUUAUCAAGAACUCUGGUGUAUGCGAGACGACUCCUGGGGUUGAACAGGUAUCUGGAUAUAUCGAUAUUGGGACGAAUAUGUCAACGUGGUUUUGGUUUUUCGAGGCUCGACACGAACCUGAGACAGCGCCUUUCACUCUUUGGAUUAAUGGUGGACCAGGUUGCUCUUCUAUGAUCGGACUAUUUCAAGAACACGGGCCGUGCAAUGUAAAUCCAGACGGCAAGACUACAACCCUCAACCCCUUCAGUUGGAACAAUCUCAGCAACGUGAUAUACAUCGACCAGCCGAUUGGUACAGGCUUCUCUCACGGGACAACAACGGUGAACAGUACAGAAGCUGCCGCCCCGUUUUUCUGGCAAGCCUUCCAGAUUCUAUUUGAAAGUGGCGAAUUCUCAAAGUUCCAAAAACGAGAAUUUUUAUUCACUACGGAGAGCUACGGAGGUCAUUAUGGACCUGCUUUUGUCACCUAUUUCAAUCAACAAAACGAGAAAAUCCGAAGUGGUGAAAUCCAAGGUGAAAUCAUUAAUGUUAGUGCUCUGAUGAUCAACAAUGGCUGGUACGAUCCUCUCAUCCAAUACAGGGCUUACGUCGACUUUGCAACCGAUGCCCCCGGCUAUGGACAACUACAAAACGACUCAGUCAUCAAGGAGUUGAACGAUGCUUGGUUCACUUCCGGCGGAUGCAGAGAUCUAUUACAAACAUGCGCUGCCGCUGGUAAUUCAACUAAGUCGAACAAACUCUGCAGGGAUGCCGACAACUUCUGUGGUCCAAACGUCGAGUCUCCUGCUAUCGGUGACCGGGACGUCAAUGAUCUUCGGCAGAAAGCUGACAGCCCCAAUCCUUUCCCGCCAUCCUUCUAUGUGAACUUCCUUCAUAAUGAGACUAUCAAGCAGAGGAUAGGUGCAGAGGGCAACUACGAAGAAUGUUCGAAUGCGGUCGGUAAUAACUUUUUCAAAACAGGCGAUGAUGCAAGAAGCCUUCUUCCCGAGUUGGCUGCUCUCGUGGACGAAAAGAUGAAAAUACUUAUCUGGGCCGGUGAUGCUGACAUCAACUGUAACUGGCUAGGAGGACAUGCCUCAGUCUUGGCGAUGGAUUGGUAUGGAAAACAGAGAUUCGCGAAGAUUCCUUUCACGAACAUGACCAUCGAUGGAAAGCCUAUUGCGGCCAUUCAGAAUCUCGAUAACUUCUCUUUUGCGCGAGUCUAUGAAGCCGGUCACGAGGUGCCUGCCUUCCAACCUGCAGCCUCAUUCGAGAUCUUCCGUCAAAUAAUCGCCGGAGAGCAGUUGCAUUCGGUCUAA